AUGGUGCUCAACUCGGCGGCUCUCGGAUUACUCAUAUCGAGUACUGUGGCUCUCGCUGUUCCAAACGGGUUUCCUCAAAGUGGGAAUGGGCUCUGGUACAAGGAACCCGGUGUGAACUGGGCUACCCAAUAUUUACCCAUCGGAAAUGGUUACCUGGGAGCAAUGGUAAACGGAGAUCCAGUCUCUGACCGCCUUCAACUUAACAUUGAAUCCUUAUGGUCCGGCGGCCCGUUCGCAAAUGCUAGUUACAACGGGGGCAAUCAUCAAAAGCCAGAGUCGGGCUAUCUCGCUACUCAGCUUGCAAAGAUCCGAGAUACCAUUUUUACGACUUCUAAUGGAGGCAAAUCAAAGACGUUGCACCCCUACAGUCAAGCAAUGAUGGCUACGGCUCUUAUUCAGGUAUUGGAUUCAUCAACAUUACCCACACUGCUUCAGGGGGAAUCACCGACUACGCUCGCUGGCUCGAUAUGGACAAUGCGCUACUCAAUACCGUAUGGAAAGAGUCGAGUGCUUCCUUCAAUAGGUCAGGAAGGGCCAGACCAAGGCUUCUCGAUCACUGACUUGCACACAGUCACCUCAAACGCAGGAGCAUAUUCCGCUGCCUAUUCGUUCUCUUCAUUAAAAGGUCUUCCCAAGCGAAACAUCACCUGCUUAGACGAUACAACUGCUCAAUUACGUGGGACCGUUGGACCUCCAGGAAUGUUAUAUGAACUGCUAGCCCAGAUACAAAAUUCGGGCCCCGACGGUACCGUACAAUGUACUAUCGACCCGGCCAGCGGUGAGGCUCAGCUGGUUGCCAACGGGACGACUGAGGCUUGGGUUACUUGGGUAGGGGGGACUGAAUAUUCUAUGGACGCCGGAGACGCUGCCCACGGCUACUCGUUCAAGGGACCAGAUCCUCACGGUGGUCUUGUAACUUUGCUCAAAGAAGCCUCUUCGCAAAGUGUUAGCUCCGCGCUCAAGAUUCACGUCGCGGAUUACCAAAAGGCCUUGGGUGGGUUUUCUCUCGAUAUUGGGCAGGAAUUCGACAGCACGCGGACUACAGCCGAAUUGGUCGAUAACUAUACGACUAAUGAAGGGAAUCCCUAUAUCGAGUGGUUAUUGUUCAAUUAUGCCCGAUAUAUGCUCGUUGAAAGCACUCGAAGCUACCUUCCGGCCAAUCUGCAGGGGAAAUGGGCCCGUGAUGCCCUGGCGCCUUGGGAUUCCGACUACCAUGCCAAUAUUAAUCUCCAAAUGAACUACUGGAUCGCCGAAGUGACCAACCUCGAUGUAACAUCUGCACUCUGGGAUUAUAUGGAGAAAACAUGGGCCCCACGAGGUGUAGAAACUGCGGCCAUACUAUAUAAUAUCACUCGGGGAUGGCUCGUCCAUGAUGAGCUAAAUAUAUUUGGUCACUCUGGAAUGAAGAAUUUUAGUGCAAAAUCAACCAACUACCGAGAGGCGCCUGCUUGGAUGAUGAUGCAUGUUUAUGAUCACUUGGAUUAUACGAAUGAUGUAGCGUGGUGGAAACGACAGGGCUGGCCGCUUCUUAAAGGCGUUACCCAAUUUUGGCUCGAUUAUUUAAUCGAAGACAGGCAUUUCAACGAUGGGACUCUCGUGGUCAAUCCGUGCAACUCUCCAGAGCAGGAACCAACCACAUUCGGUUGUGCAAAUUCCCAGCAAAUCCUUUGGCAACUCUUUGAAUAUGUGGAGAAGGGCUUCGAUGCCUCGGAAGAUACUGAUACUGCGUUUCUGGAAGAGGUUCGAGCUAAGAAAAUCAAACUUGACAAGGGUAUCAAAAUUGGUUCAUUUGGUCAGCUUCAAGAGUGGAAGGUCGAGUUUGAUAGUCCGACCAAUCUGCACCGUCAUCUUUCGCAUCUCGUAGGAUUAUAUCCAGGCUACGUGGUAUCAAACUUCAAACCGGCGACCGAGGGCAAUCAAGGAAUACCAGAUCUUACACGCGAACAAGUUUUGAAAGCUGCUGAAGUAUCACUAAUUUCUCGGGGAAAUGGAACAGGCCCGGAUGGGGACUCCGGCUGGGAGAAGGUCUGGCGCGCAGCAUGCUGGGCUCAACUGCAAAACUCAACUGCAUUUUAUCAUCAAUUGAAGUAUGGGAUCGAGAGGAACUUUGCAUUCAAUCUCUGGAGUAUUUACGAUGCAUCUGAGACAGAUCCAACCUUCCAAAUCGAUGCGAACAUGGGUUAUUCUGGCGCAGUCAUAAACGCAUUGCUGCAAGCUCCCGAUACCUCUGCAUUAUCUGACACUUUGCGGGUUACACUCUUGCCCUCGCUUCCUAGUGCUUGGAACAAUGGGUCUAUCAAGGGCGCUCGAAUUCGUGGUGGAAUGUCAAUUGACGUAGAAUGGUCAGAAGGCAGGGCUAUAAAGGCUGACCUUACGGUAGACCCCGUAGUCAGGCAUGUGCGUCAAGUGGAAUUGUGGUAUGAUGGGAAGUCUGUUGAAAUUUUCUCCGCAAUCGCCGGAUUAAAGAAGAGCUUCUCGUUCUAA